GACACCGCCACACAAGUCCGGCGAGUCGGCGGCGAGCGUAGAGACACGUAGAGACGCGGCGCGUAAGGGCUUGCGGACCGGAAUCGAACCGCGGGUGUCGAAGGUGGUUUCUCGUUUCUCUCUUCACUGCUGGUGUCCUCCUGAAGCACGCCACACGGGAAACGCGUCGGACGCACCAGUCAUCACGCACGUCAAAGCUGGGGCACGCCACGCACUGCAGCAACAGCAGCAGCAGCGACGAUUGAGAUCGGGUUGGCACAAUUCGACGUCUCCGCGCAACUGCCCGGUGACCGAGCGAACGUGUUGGUUCUCGGCCGUGUCCGUCCGUCAUAUUAUAUUCCCGGCCCCGAGAGAGUGAGAGAGGAGCAAGGUUGCUGGCACACGUAGUUGGUGUUGCGACGCAGCGGGAGGAGGCGGCGGAGGAAGAGACGGACGGCGGCGGCGGUGGCGAUACGUUGCGCGGUACGGAGCGGAGCGAGAACGAGCGGAUCGGGGACUGCCGAUUGCCGGCCAUGGAGAAGCGGAUAGAACUCGAGAAGCGGGGAAAGAAGCCCGGCGACAUCAAAGAACUUGUUCUUGAUAAUUGCCGGAGUACGCAAAUUGUGGGCCUGACAAAUGAAUUCAGCGCUCUGGAAUCAUUAAGUCUUAUCAACGUGGGUCUUACCAGUCUAAAAGGCUUCCCAAAAUUGUCCAGUCUUAAAAAGUUGGAAUUAAGCGACAAUCGGAUUUCGGGCGGUUUAAAUCUGCUUGAUUCGAGCCCGAAGUUGACUCAUCUGAAUCUGAGUGGAAACAAGAUCAAAGAUCUCGAUACGCUACAGCCAUUGAAAGAGUUCAAGAACCUGAAGAGUCUGGAUCUGUUCAACAAUGAAGUGACAAAUAUGGAUAAUUACAGGGAGAAAGUCUUCAAUCUUAUUCCCAGUCUACGAUAUCUUGACGGAUAUGAUGCCGAUGAUUGCGAGGUCGACAGUGAAGGGGAGGAUGAUGAAGUCAAUGGAAAUGAAGAUGGAGAAGGAGGUGGCAAUGAAGAAGACAGUGAAGAAGUUUCAGAUGAAGAAGACGAGGAGUUCCUGGAUGACGACCCAGGAUUAGAUAUCGUCUACAAGGAUAAGAUUGACAGUGACGAGGAGGAUUAUAUGGGCGAAGAAGAAGAGGAAGAUGAUGAUGAGGAUAACGAAGACGACGAGCAGGAGGAAGAAGAAGAAGAAUCUCCUGUUCGAGGAAAGAAAAGAAAAAUUGACGAAGUAGGAGGAGAGAAUUUGAACGCUUAAGAUGGAGAGGGCUGUCUCUGGUACUGUUGAAUGAGUGUAAAAUUCAUAUAAAUAAUAACAAUAAUUGCGAUGCCGAGUGAACAGCUGGGAAUCAAACUAAUCGACCGACCAAUGACAGACUACAGUUAGUGAUAUGAAUUUAUCAGUAAAUCAUUGACUGCGAGGAAAUUGUCUGUGUAACAACAAAAGAUUUAUCGUAUGAUAGAAGCGGAAUGUGAAUGAAAAGCGCAGUGAGGAAAACUGGGAAAGAAACGGAUAAUGAUGGCAUAAAAAUAGGGCUGCAUUCCAGCUGGACACAGCACAGUUUUAGUUAUACUAACGAUAUUUUAUAUAGAGUAUAUAGAGUUAGAGUAUUAGUGGUGUUGCAUAGAGUGGGAAGAAGAUCGAGGGGAAAAAGCGCGAGAGAAAGGGAAAAGGAGAGGGCGAAAGUGAGAGCAUGAGAGAGCCGAGAGAGUGCGCGUGUGUGUAUGCGCGUGCGAAAGAGACGGAAAUAGAUCGCGGGAGGUAGCGGGGUUUUACACUUGAAGGAGCAUCUUGUCUGUUAGCUCCUGUCGGCCAAAGGCUGGUCACGCUGGAAUGCGGUCAUCGUUAAUCAGUAAAUAAGGUUACAUAAGUUACAUUUUAAAUACAUUAUUAUUGUACCGUGAAUAAGUAUAGAGUAAAUGAGGAACAACUUUUGUACAGGUUUACACCAUACAUCGAGGUGCAUUAUAUGCCUCUGUGAUUUUUGGGACAGAAAAUAAAGAGAGAAAUAUAUGUUACUCGUAUACGUGUAAACGUAUAUAUCCGACAAGGGAUGGUGGGAUGGGGAUUAAGGAAGAGUACGUUAAAACAGAAAACAAAAAAAAAUACAAGACGGUUGCUGCGAACGAUGGCAAAUUGUGCGCGUUCUUCGCAAGAACGUUUUACAUUACGGAGAUAUCCGAUAUCAACGAGUGACGGAUAGCGAAUAGAAAAUAAUAUCGUAAUAUUUAUAUUAUUGUUUUCAAUCGCGUGAUUCCGAUAGCAGAGGAGCGAGAGUUAGGACCGUUUAUAUCCAGAUAACGUGGAACACGAAAUUCUCCGAUACACCUCGACGUGUCGAGCGUUGCACAUAACGCGGACCCGGUGUUAUCCUAACUUAGACUUUUUUCUAGUAAGUUUUAAGUUCCAGAUAUUCUAUGUACAACGGCGAUCGACCGCCCGACGCAUGGCUGUUAGGAUUAUUGUUAUUUACUCUCGGGCAUUGCGUAAAUGUUGUGCUCUAAUAUAAUGUAAAAGGAUCAAUUUGA